CCUUCGUACGAGCAUAAGUUUUGCAAUGUCUGUCGUAAGCAGCGAACACUUCUAGAACCCGAAGGAAUACAGUGGAAAACGCGAUGUUGUUCAGUAUACUGGUCUACUUAGUCUACUACAGCUGCUAUACAAUACUGCUCGCGAUCGCUGGCCUCUGGUGCUUCGAAGAAUGCACGCUAACCGAAGAUGAGGAGUACGAGUUCCACAACCAGCAUAGGGCGAUGCCUUAUUGAAUUCUAACUUGUGACAGCUUGCCCGUAGCAAAUUGUUACCGGGAAACGGAUUUAAAGAAGUGAUUCAAAAACAUAAUUCCAAAAAAGCAUAUCAGUGAUUCAAGAAAUACGUUAAAAUAUUGUGAUGUUCUAGAAAAUUGGUCUUCUAAAUUCUACGGAAGUCUUACCUGUUUGUACAAUUAUUUGUAUAGGACGCUGGGUUGGACCUAAAUCUAGACUUAAGUGAAUGAGUGCUAGUGUUCAAGAACUAAAGUGCUGUGAUAAAAGAACUCAAAAUGUCGGGAUUCGUGAAAAUAGCCAUUGACGAUUACUAUUCGGACAGUAAUUGGACAACAAUAAUCAACAAAUAUUGGAUGCUGGCCGAGAGAGUAUCAGAUCCCCGGGUGCAAGGAUGGUUCCUCUUCGACACUCCACUCCCGACCCUGGCCAUGGUGGUUAUCUAUCUCGCGUUCGUGAUGGUGAUCGGCCCCCUCUGGAUGUCAAACAGGAAGCCCUUUCAAAUACAGAACACUUUGGUUGCGUACAACGCGAGCCAAGUUCUACUCUCCCUCUACAUGUUUUAUGAGCACUUGAUGUCAGGAUGGUGGGGAGACUAUAGCCUCUCUUGUCAACCUGUGGACUACACCGAGAGCGAACAGGCGAGAAGGAUGCUUCAUCUAUGCUGGGUUUACUACUUCUCGAAACUAUCAGAAUUCGCUGACACGAUAUUCUUCGUGCUGAGGAAGAAGAAGAGUCAAAUCACAUGGUUGCAUCUUUACCACCACUCGUUGACCCCUUUCGAGGCGUGGCUGCUGGUCAAGUUCAUUGCUGGUGGUCACGGCACAUUCUCGAACAUAGUGAAUAAUCUGGUGCACGUGAUCAUGUACAGCUACUACAUGCUGGCCGCAAUGGGACCUCAGUACCAGAAGUACCUCUGGUGGAAGAAGCAUCUCACUACCCUGCAACUAAUCCAGUUCUUCAUGGUGUUGUUCCAUUCGAUCAGCGCUUUAGUCUGCGACUGCGGGUAUCCGAAGAUCAUCGCCUCCGGACUGAUUCUUCACUCCACAAUCUUCAUAGUCCUAUUUACCAACUUCUACCUCCAAGCCUACAAAAAGAAACCCAGAAGCAAAGUUGAAACGAACAACAAUAAUAAUGACAGCAAACUCACUGAUGAGAACACGAAGCUAAAGAACGGACGCGUUAAUGGCGCAACGAACAAUGGUCACCUUCAAAACGGGUUCGCUAAUGGCGAAGUAGCAAACGGUAAGAUCAGAAACGGCGAAGUUGGUAACGGCAGGAUCGAAAACGGCGAAGUCAAUGGGCACGUUAAGAACGGAUACGUCAACGGUAGGUUACCGAACGGCUCAACUGAUAAAGACAAAGUGCAAUAGUCUGUACUAACAUAAUUUAGUUUUUUAAUUUGUAAAUAGAGAAAUAUAUAAGUGCACUAGGCAAUUUUUGUAUUGUUCAAUUAUAAUUAGGAAACGUAAAUUGAAAGUUACCAAUUUAGAAUCUAACGAGAGAUUAAAAGUAAAUAAUAAUAAAUUAAUUAAUACAAUUAUUGUCUACUGCUUUUUGUACAGUUUGUGUGUAAUUUAGUUAAAAGUUCCACUGCGAGCUUCCGUGUAGCUUAAGUUGUGAUAUAGUACUUGAACGUCUCAGGGUAAAAUCUAUUAGUUUCGAAGUUUUAAGCCUUCGUCAAACCGACGCAUACUUACACCGCGUACUUAACGUCGCGCUCUUUUCAUGUCACACAAAUUGACUAGAUGA